AUGGUAGAUGAGGAGAAAUUCACGGAGGAGAAUCCUCGUAUACAGGGGCACGAAACGGUAUUCGAGAGCAAUAAUGUAGCCACAGAGACAGAAAAGAGUGGCGGCCUUAGCAAGGUGUUCAGCGCCGCCAUUGACUACGGAAAAGGGGACUCUACGGUUCACAAAGAUAUUGGGUUGGGUCUCUUCCAGCAGUCUCUACAAUACGACCAGGAGCAACUCGCAAGAGAUGUUGGGAGAGUCCGAUGGAAAUUGGAUUUGCUCGUGCUUCCAAUGAUGAUGACCACCUAUAUGUUGAGCUUUUUGGAUAAAAUGACCCUUAACUACUCCAAUGCUUAUGGCCUCCAAGAGGAUACUCAUAUGAGCGGGGAUGAGUACUCUUGGGUUGCUUCAGCCCUGUAUUUUGGCUGGUUUGUGGGCUCAUACCCGUCUAACCUCAUUCUUCAACGAGUGCCAGUUGGGAAGUUCGUGGGCUACAUGCUCUUCGUCUGGGGAGGAAUUUGCAUGCUUCAAGCUGCAGUUUUCAACUUCGCAGGUUUUUUCGCUGUGCGAUUCUUCCUCGGCGCCGUGGAGGCUUGUGUGUCUCCGGCUUGGCUUUUGCUCUCUGCUACCCUAUGGACUCGUGAGGAGCAACCUCUAAGAACAUCAUUCUGGCUUUCUACCAACGGCAUGGCAUCUAUCAUCGGUGCCCUCCUCAGCUAUGGCCUAGGACAUGUUGAUAAUCUCUCUGUUCCCAACUGGAAGCUUAUCUAUCUUGUCGUUGGCGCAAUGACAGUCGCUUGGGGAAUCGUGCUAGUACUUUUUAUGCCAGAUGGGCCCCAUAACGCAAAAAUGCUCACUGAGUAUGAACGGGUCGUCGCAGUGUGGCGUAUCCGGCGCAAUAAAACUGGAAUUCAGAAUGCAAAGUUCCUCCCAUAUCAACUCAAAGAAGCUUUACUCGACCCGAAAUCCUAUCUAGUUUUGCUCAUGGGAGUAUGCUACGGGAUUCUGAAUGGCGGAGUAAGCAACUUUCUGAGCGCGUUAAUCAAAGGGUUUGGGUUCUCUGGCCUGCAAGCCAGUUUACUCCAGACCCCUUCCGGCGGUACUCAGAUGAUUCUGGGUAUCGUGUUUGGCUACAUUUCUACCAUCCGAAAUAUGGUCGGUGUAACGGUCUUGCUUUCGUGUCUUCCUGGAGUAGCAGGGCUGAUCGGUAUUUUAACCAUCCCACUCGAAAACCGUUACUCGCUCGUGGCGUGUGCAUCGCUACAGACUGUCGUCGGGUCCCCCAUCGUUCUAACUUGGACGCUGCCAUCUUUAAAUGUGUCAGGCCAUACCAAGCGCUCUACCGUAAUGGGGCUAUAUUUCGCUUGUUAUUGCGCGGGAAAUAUAGCAGGGCCUCACCUGUUUAUUGCUCAUGAGGCGCCGCGAUACAUGUCUGCAAUCAAGGGGUUAUUGGCUACUUACGGGGCCGGGAUAGUCCUGCAAGUUUUCUACACGACAUUAUGCUAUUUUGACAACAAGAGCCGAGAUCGCUUAGGACAAUGUACGGAUGAGGCGGAGGAAGCUCUGGAAGGAUUUGAAGAUAUGACGGAUAAAGAGAAUAGGAACUUCAGAUAUCGUUUGUGA